CCAGUUAGAAUAGUAACUCUAUGGCUAAGACUGCUAAGCUAAGUGAUGUGAUGAAUUGUGAUGUCGUACGUUAGGGUCAUAGAUUAUACACUUAAUAUAUUUGAGUUAGGGUGAAACUGGUGAAAGUUUUGUUUGAAUUUUUUUCUUCAGUGUCGCGUAUGUAUACAUCUAAAAAUACAAAAACCUGUCGGUACGUGCUCUAUUUAGCCCUGGAUCAUCCACUAUAAUGUUGCGGCACGAGGGUAACGCGAUCGUGAGAGAGAGAAAAGGCCCUACGGAACUUCCAAACGAAGAUAGGAAAAAAAAUUAUAAAAAUGAGGAUACUCGAACAGAUGCUAAAACCAUCGCAUUUGUGUUUUUAUCGUUAUUAUUGGACCUCUUUGCGUUUACGAUGAUUCUUCCACUGUUGCCGUCUUUAAUGGAUUAUUACAGCAGAGAGGAAAAUCAGGAGAAUAGUCUAUACUCUACAUUGUUACAGGCAGUUCGGAGUUUUCAAAAAUUAACCGGGGCACCAGAUCGAUUCGUGUCUGUCUUGUUUGGGGGUGCGCUGGGCUCCAUGUAUAGUUUUCUUCAGUUCCUAACGAGUCCUAUUGUAGGUAGCCUCUCGGACGCAUAUGGAAGAAAACCAAUGCUACUGAUAUGCCUGACAGGUAUAGCGGCAUCACAUGCACUGUGGAGUUUGGCUGAAACAUUCCUUAUAUUUGUAGUAGCUCGAUUCAUUGGUGGAUUAAGCAAAGCCAAUGUAAGUCUGUGCAUGGCCAUAGUAACCGAUGCUUCAACUGAAAAAACUAGAGCAAGAGGAAUGGCCCUGGUGGGUUUGGCGUUUUCCGUAGCAUUCAUAGUGGGGCCGCUAUGUGGUGCGUGGUUUGCUAAAACGAGCGAUAUUACCAACGGGCCGUGGGGCGAGCGACCGGCAUUAUACGCGUUGUUCCUCUCGAUAGCUAACAUAGCUCUGGUGGCAUUUUGUUUACCCGAAACCUUAGCAAAGGAGAAAAGAGCCCCCGUAUCGUUUACAUUAUAUAAAACUGUGGAUUUCGUUUCUCCAUGGCAUUUACUUAACUUUACAGCUGUAGAAAAUUUAUCUCACUAUCAAAAAAAAGUAUUAUCGAAAUUGGGAUUAAUUUAUUUUCUAUAUUUGUUUGUAUAUUCUGGACUCGAAUUCACUAUAACAUUCCUGACGCAUCACAAUUUUAAGUAUACAGCAAUGCAACAAGGAAAAAUGUUUUUGGUAAUAGGUUUAAUAAUGGCUGUACUGCAAGGCGGUGCGGCGAGGAGGCUCGGCACUAAAAGCGCGGAAGUGGCAGCGCGAGUGUCAGUGGCUCUAACUCCGUUCGCGUUCCUGUGUAUAGCGUUAGCCGCUCUAUCGAAUCCGCCAUUUUUGGCCCCGUUGAUAUGGCUAUGGACCGGCUUAGUCUUGUACGCUUUAUCUACGGCGUUCGCGGUGUCUUGCAUGACGUCAAUAGGAGCCAACCGAGCACCGGGUGCGGCCCGCGGCGCCGUCCUCGGCACUCUGCGCUCGCUGGGAGCGCUAGCCAGGGCUGCCGGCCCACUUCUUACAUCUUCAGUUUAUUGGUAUUCUGGAGCAGCCAUCACAUAUGCUAUUGGUUCUUUAAUUCUUAUCAUUCCAACUGUGAUGUUAUUUAGACUGAAAACUUGAGCUUUUAUUAAUAUAUAUUUUACAAGGAACAAGGAACGUAUUGAAAGUUAAUUUUACAUUACUAUUUAUAAUGCCAUGUAUUUAAAUUAUAGUUUUUGUUUAUACAUUUUACAACUGUUUGUCUUUACAAGUCUAUUUUGAAAAAAAUUAUUAUGUUUACACAUAUAUAAAUAAGUAACAUAACAGUAUUACAAUAAAGAUUUUACUAAUUAA